AGCCACACACCACAACGCAAAUCCACCCCCAUCUGGCACGGCUUGGCGCGGGCGGUGGCGCGGGCGGUUAAGCGGCAGACAGCAGGGGUAAAGAAUAAUGAAGUUGAAGAACGUCUUUUUGCUUUGAUUACAAAAGAGGAUUAUAGCGAUGUUGCAAAAUGUAAAAAUAAAAUAAAAGAAUAUUGCGAUGGAUUGAAAAAUGCUUCACUAACAUCAGAAAAAGUACAUAAAAAAUUAAAAAAUUUUUGCAAUGAUGGAAAAGAAGAAAAAAAAUGCGAGGAACUGAAAACAAAUAUUGAAAAAAAAUGUAACACAUUCAAAGAUAAACUUAAAACAGCAGCUGUAAAAGAAACUUCAGCUUUGAAAGAUGAGGAUUGCAAAGAAAAUGAACAAGAAUGCCUAUUUUUGGAGGGAGCAUGUUCAAAAGAGCUUAAAGAUGAUUGCAAUACUUUGAGAAAUAAGUGCUAUCAAAAGAAGCGUGAUAAAGUGGCGGAAGAUGCUCUUUUAAGAGCAGUUCGCGGAGGUUUAACUAGUGAAGCUACAUGUCAAGGAAGGCUCAAAGAGGUUUGCAUAGAGUUGAGUCAAAAAAGCGAUGAAUUAACGAAGCUCUGUCUUUACCAAGAAAUGUCGUGUAAAACAUUUGUAUCAAAAAAACAAGAAAAAUGUAAUAGCCUUGAACAGGAAGUUAAAGAAGCACUUAAAAAAAACAGUGAAUUGCGAGGAAAAUGUCUACCAUUACUUGAGCAAUGUUACUUUCAUAGAGGGAACUGUGAAGGAGACAAAUCAAAGUGCAGUGAACCUACUAAUCAGGACUGCAAAGAAUAUAUACCAGAUUGCGAUAAACUAGAAGAAGAAUGUGAAAAACAAAAUAUCAUUUACACACAUCCGGGACCCGAUUUCAAUCCAACUAAAGCAGAGCCUACAGUGGCAGAGGACAUAGGGCUGGAAGAGCUUUAUAAAGAGGCUGAGAAGGAUGGAAUUUUUAUUGGAAAGAAUCAUCUAAGAGAUGCAACAGCUUUGUUGGCGUUGUUGAUUGAAAAUAGUAAUGAUGCUGAAAAAAAAUGCAAUGAGGUCCUCAAAGAUAAGUGCAAAAACUCUCAUGAACAUGAGGCCUUGGAAAAACUAUGUAAUAAAACUAAUCCAAGUGAUUAUAAAAAAAAAAAAUGCGAAGAAUUAGAGAAAGAUAUCAGAAAAACAUGUGAUAUUCUCACGUCAAAGCUUAUAAGUAAUCGUCUUUUUGAUGCAGUAAAUUCUAAAGUUGAAUGGGGCAAGUUGCCAACAUUUCUUAGUGAUGAAGAGUGUGCAAAACUAGAAUCUUAUUGCUUUUAUUUUAAAGAAAGAUGUCCAGAUGUCAAAGAAGCUUGUAUGAAUGUGAGGGCAGCGUGUUAUAAGAGAGGGCUUGAUGCACGGGCAAAUAAAGUGCUGCAAGAAAAUAUGCGAGGAAUGUUACAUGGUUCAAACAAAAGCUGGCUUGAAAAAUUUCAACAAGAAUUAGUAAAAGUAUGCAAGGAACUAAAAGAAAAUAAAGAAAAUUUCCCAAACGACGAACUAUUUGUUCUGUGUGUACAGCCAGCAAAAGCGGCCCGGUUGCUUACACAUGACCAUCAAAUGAAAGUUAUCUUUUUACGACAACAAUUGGAUCAAAAGAGAGAUUUUCCGACAGAUAAAGACUGCAAGGAAUUAGGGAAAAAAUGCCAAGAUUUAGGAAAGGAUUCAAAAGAAAUUACGUGGCCAUGUCAUACACUGGAACAGCAAUGCAAUCGCUUGGGGACUACAGAAAUUUUGAAGCAGGUUUUACUAAAUGAACACAAGGAUACUUUGAAAACUCAUGAAAACUGUGUAACAUAUUUAAAGGAAAAGUGUAAUAAAUGGUCUAGAAGAGGCAAUGACCGUUUCUCUUUUGUAUGUGUCUUCCAAAACACUACGUGUAAGCUGAUGGUAGAUGAUGUAAAAGAUAGGUGUGAAGUAUUCGAAAAAAAUAUGCAAGCAUCAGAUAUUAAUGACUUCCUUGAAAAAAAACAAAUAAAAACAGAAUCAGCAUCAAAUAUUUGCCCUUCAUGGCAUCCAUACUGUGAUAGAUUUUUACCCAAUUGUCCUGAUCUUGACAAAGGAAAAACUUUCUGUCAAAAUCUCAAAAAAUAUUGCGAACCAUUUUAUAAAAGAAAGGUUUUAGAAGAUGCUCUUAAAGUAGAGCUUCGAGGAAAGCUGAGUGAUGAAAACAAAUGUACUACAGAAUUAAAGGGAUAUUGUACAAUAGCGAAAAACGUAAAUAAUGCGUCAAUCAGUGGUUUAUGCAAAGAUAGCACUCAAGGUAAUAAUAAAAAGCCUGACGACAAAGUGGUAAAAGAGCUUUGUAAGAAAUUGAUGGAAGAAAUAAAAGAGCAAUGUGAGACAUUACCAGCAGAAUUAACGGAGCUGGAAAAAAGCCUAGAAAAAGAUGUUAAAACAUAUAAAGAACUUAAGAAAGAGGCAAAGAAAGCAAUGAACAAGUCUAAUCUUGUUUUAUCACUCGUUAAGAAAAACAAAAGUAAUACAUCAAAAAAUAAUAGAAAUAAUAGCAAAAACAAGGAUAAGAAUGCCGUUUCAAACGGAUUUCAAGAUAUCACAGAACAUGUGAAAAUACUACGGAGAGGAGUUAAGGAUGUAUCCGUAACAGAAUUAGAAGCUAAAGCAUUUGAUUUGGCAGCAGAAGUAUUUGGAAGAUAUGUAGAUUUGAAGGAAAGAUGUGAGAAAUUGGAAUCGGAUUGCGGGAUUAAAGACGAUUGCGAUGGUUUAAAAGAAGUGUGUGGAAAGAUUGAGAAGACAUGUCGCGAUCUGAAGCCUCUGGAGGUGAAGUCGCACGAAAUAGUCACAGAAAGCACAACGACGACCACAACGACCACAACAACCGUUACCGAUCCGAAGGCAACGGAAUGCAAAUCCUUACAGACAACAGACACAUGGGUUACACAGACAUCGACACACACAAGCACGUCUACCAUCACAUCUACGAUUACAUCAAAAAUAACACUCACAUCAACGAGGCGUUGCAAACCAACCAAGUGUACGACAGGGGAUGAUGCAGAGGACGUGAAGCCGAGUGAGGGAUUGAAGAUGAGUGGGUGGAAUGUUAUGAGGGGGGUGAUAGUAGCAAUGGUUAUUUCGUUCAUGAUUUAG